AUGGCCCAAACAAAAUUUCUAUCCUUUGUCCUCCUUGCUGUCCUCAUCCUAUCCAUAGAUGUUAUGGAAGUUGUUGGUGGAGACAAAUGUUGCAAAGACCAUCCUAGCCUUGGGGAAUGUAUACCGGGAGUAGACGAUGAUCCUGAGAAUAAUGGCAAAUGCUGGGCGUUUUGUAUAAAAGAUUGUGUGAAAGGGGGUUUUUGCGAACAAAUUGAUAGUGCAGGUCACUUUGUGUGUCAUUGUUAUUGCUGA